AUGAAAAUGGCUUCGGAAGACGGAGAUGUCGUCACUCCGUGGGAUGUAAAAGCGGCUUCUGAGUCUGGUGUAGACUAUGCCAAGCUGACUGAGCGCUUUGGCUGUUCCAAGAUUGAGCCCGAUCUUAUCGAGCGUUUUGAAAAGGCGACGGGCAAACGCGCCCACCACUUUAUCCGACGAGGCAUUUUUUUCGCCCACCGUGAUCUUGACCAAUUACUAACGCGGUACGAGAGCGGCAAACCCUUCUACCUCUACACUGGCCGUGGGCCCUCUUCGACGUCGCUUCACGUCGGCCACCUGAUCCCGUUCAUUCUGACGAAGUGGAUCCAGGAGGUCUUCAAUGUUCCGUUAGUCAUCCAGUUGACAGACGAUGAGAAGUUCCUUUGGAAGAAUAUCUCUCUGACUGAUGUCAUUAAACUCGCCAGGGAAAACGCGAAAGACAUCAUCGCCGUGGGAUUCGAUCCCAAAAAGACGUUCAUCUUUAAUAACUUUACAUACAUGGGCCAGUGUCCAGAGUUCUACCGGACUGUCGUCAGCAUCCAACGCAUGGUCACGUACAACCAGGCUCGUGGCAUAUUCGGUUUCACGGACAACGACUGCAUCGGGAAAAUCGCCUUCCCCGCAGUCCAGGCGGCGCCCUCUUUUGCCACGGCCUUUCCGCACAUCUUUCCGGAUCCGGACAAGGCCAAGGACAUCGGCUGCCUGAUCCCCUGCGCGAUCGACCAGGACCCCUACUUCCGCAUGACGCGCGACGUCGCACCGCGCAUCGGCAUGCUCAAGCCCUCGCUCAUGCUCUCCUCGUUCUUCCCGGCGCUCCAGGGCAACGUGACGAAAAUGAGCGCCUCGGACGUCAACUCGGCCAUCUUCCUCACGGACACGCCCAAACAGAUCAAAACAAAGAUCAACAAGUACGCCUUUUCUGGAGGCGGUGCCACCGUUGAGGAGCACAGAGCCAAGGGAGGCAAUUGUGACGUCGACGUCUCCUAUCAGUACCUCCGUUUCUUCCUCGAGGAUGACGCCAAACUCGAGCAGAUUCGCAAGGACUAUACCUCCGGUGAUUUACUGACAGGCAAUUUGAAGAAGGAACUGAUAGCUGUCCUUACCGACCUGGUAACUAAGCACCAGCAGCAACGAGCCCAAAUCACAGACGCGAUGGUCGACGAGUUUAUGCGUCCUCGUCGGUUGGAAAUGUAG